UACAAAACAGGUGAUGGCAACAGUUGGUGACGACUUGACGAGUAAACAGUGAAAGGAAAAAAGUUGUUUAAACAUAAAUGUAACAAUGGAGUCUGAACUAAUAAAAAAUUACCAACACAUACUACUUAACAAUGUGAUCGCACAGAAACUUAAAGAAAAUGAAAAACGAACCAAGGCAAUAACAGAUUAUAAAAAGAGGCACAAAAAAGUAAUAGAGGGACUUGAAGUGUAUCCAUUAUCACUUUCUGAGAAUUGUAUGGUACCCAUUGGCAAGCAAGCAUUUAUGAAAGGAAAAUUAACUCAUACUAAUGAAAUCUUGGUUUCAUUGGGAGAGGGCUAUUUUGUCAAGUAUAGUGCAUCACAAGCAAUUGCAUUAUGCAACAGGAGAAUAGCAUGGGCGGAUGAAAUGCUGAAGAGUUUAGAAACUGAAAGAAACUUGUAUGAAAUGAGACAAUAUGUUCCAUUGAAACAUGAUAUUUUUGGCGCAGACAAAAAAGAUAUAGUUGAACAUUGGACUGAGAAUAAGCUUGAUGAGUGGAAAAUGCAACAUAGACAACGUGAGAAGGAGUAUCGUCAGAAAUUAGCAAAGUUAAAAGAAAAGGAAAAGACUGACAUUCAUACUGAGGAAGAUCUUUUCAAGAGACUUGAUGAAUUAGAGGUGGAAGAAGAAUUAGAAGAUGAAAUUUACAGAUUGGAAGCCAAACGAAAAGUAUAUUAUGGUGAUGACUUGAAAGAUGGUGAAGUUUAUGAUGAAUCAGAGGAGGACGAAUCUGAUUCUGAUCAAAUUACAACAGAGAGAAUUCAAGAAGAAUUGAAAAAAUUAAAAGAUAUCCAAAUGGGUAGAACUACAAGUGAUACAUCAAGUAACAAUUCUGAUAUAGUUCAAGAUAAAAUUCUUGAUAUAAGUACUACAAAAAAUGAGCAGUCUGAUUCCUCUACAAAUUUUAUCCAAGAGAAAAUAAGGGAGGAGAGUUGUUCACCUGAACAUAAGGAAGUAUCUAAAGACACAAAUACAAAGGAACAAAGGAGGAUAUCAUUUGCUGAGCCAUGUGUCAUAGAAGACCAAAGCAAUACAAAAGAAUCAAUAUCUCAAGAAGUCUGUUCUACUCUGAAGCAAGAUGAUACGUGUAAUGAAAGCUCUGAAGACAAGAAUGAUAUCAUUAGGAUUGAAUUUUCACAUUCAUCCCAUACUCCAGAUCUACUUGAAUCAAAUAAUACAGAAAUACAAAGCCCAGUAGACAUUUAUAAAAUGUUUAGUGCUCCUAAGUCGAUUUUGAAAAGAUCUCCAAAUGAUAUGAUUUUCAAUGAAGUUGCUCCUCCUUUAAAUGAGAGUAGUACAGAUACAGAAGAUGAAGAUGAAUAUGUUGAACAUUCUACAUAUAAUUCUGUAAUUAAAGAGAAAGUUCAAGAAAGUAAAACUUCACCUAUAAAUGUUUCAACAAAGAAAGACGAAAAAAGAAUUGUGAGUAAGUUCAAGCUUGAACGAGCUGGACGAAAGUGAUGACUUGUAAAUAUA